GAAGAAGGGAGGGAGAAGAGUUAAUCAUCGAAGCGGAGUAUCUUGGAAAGGAGUAUUUUUUGGCUCGUCCCCUCUCUGUAAAGCCAGCCUCAGUAAUUCAGUUUUAAAGCAUGAAAAAAGGGAGUUGAUGAAAUUCCACUAUCAGCACUGAACCAAUAUGCAAAAUAUCUCACUGAAAAUCAAAUAGCUAUUAUGUUUUCAUUUCCAUUUCAGCGUAUUUGCUUAAUGAAGAAUAGACAGAUCAGGCAAGCCGAGGGAGGCUGUGUGCGGUGAUAACUGCGCAGGGCUUCCAGCAAUCCCGGAGAAGUGACGCUCCGCUCCCUGCUCUGUGCUCCCUCACUUGCUUUUUUUAAAUUUUUUUUUCCUUUUUUCCUUUUUUUCUUUUAAGCUCUCCAGUAGUUCAUUUAACCCGUGCAGCCAGGAUUGCUGGGGCCAGAGCAUCCCCUGGGGCUGGGCAGACGCAAUGGGAGCAGGAUGCUGCGAUGGGAUGCUCUGGGUGCAUCCAGGGACCGUGGUGAUGUUGUGCUAGGAUGCUGCCGGCAACCCAUCAUCCCUGUUCCCUGGCAGCAAUGGAGGACGGCCCGACGGGGGAGAAGAGCCCCUCAGAGAGGGAGGGGGCUGCCUCGGACCGCGAGGGCUCUGCUGAGCGUGAUGCCUCCAGCCCCCCCGGCAGCGAAGAGUCCAGAGACACCCCGGAGAGUCCAAAGGAACUGGAGGAGCCAGAUCCCGGAGAAAAUUCCCAGGAACCAGACGCCUGGAAUGGGCCAGAUGAGCUGGACCUGGCCGUGCAGGACGGGGAGCGGCGAGUGCGAAGCCGCAGGAGCCUCCCCGAGGGUUUCUCCUGGGGACCCUUCCAGGGCAGCAUCCACAGCGAGCUGGCAUCGCCAGGGCACGGUGACAUGAACCCCCCCGUGACACUGGUGCUGGAGGACGAGAGCUGCUGGUUGUCCCGCCUGCCCCUCGUGCCCGCAGAGCCCGAUGCCAACGCCGUCAUCUACAGGAAGGACGAAGCCCUGUGGUGCCGGACGACGCGUGCUCUGCGGGAAGAUGAGCCCGUGUGUGCUUUCGUGGUGGCAGAGCCACCAGCUGUCCCCAACCACCAUGCGGUGACAGCAGAGCCCGGUGACUCACCCUACCCGGCUGCGCUGCGCUCGGACAUCCAGCUGCUGCCACAGCAAGCGGGCAUGGCUGCCAUCCUGGCUACCGCCGUGGUCAACAAGGAUGUCUUCCCAUGCAAGGACUGUGGGAUCUGGUACCGGAGUGAGCGCAACCUGCAAGCCCACCUGAUGUACUACUGUGCCAGCCGGCAGAGCGCUGGCUCACCCGCCCUGGAGGAGAAGCCCAAGGAGACGUACCCCAACGAGCGCGUCUGCCCCUUCCCGCAGUGCAAGAAGAGCUGCCCCAGCGCCAGCUCCCUGGAGAUCCACAUGCGGAGCCACAGCGGAGAGCGGCCGUUCGUCUGCCUGAUCUGCCUGUCCGCCUUCACCACGAAAGCCAACUGUGAGCGUCACCUGAAGGUGCACACGGACACCCUGAAUGGUGUCUGCCACAGCUGCGGCUUCAUCUCCACCACGAGGGACAUCCUCUAUAGCCACCUUGUCACCAACCACAUGAUCUGCCAGCCAGGCUCCAAGGGAGAGAUGUACUCACCAGGGCCAGCCCUGCCUGCCGCCAAACCCCUGACCCCCGCAGGGCUGAACCAGACAAACAACACGUCCCUGCGGAAGGGCAGCCUGCCGGCGUUCCUGCCCGAGGGGCUGCCAGUGCUGCCACAGCACGUGGUGCUGCAUGGCCCCCUGCCCACCCCACCGCCCGGCCCCGAUGCCGUGCCCCCCCUGGCACCACCCACCUCGCCCCCCAGUGCCAGGGCUGGCAAGGUCUCACCACCCACCCAGCCACAGAAUGGGGAAGGACCGUCAUCAUCAUCCUCAUCCUCAUCCAAUGAGCCUGUCCGCAUCAAGGAGGAGCCCGCCAGCAGCCCGGCCAGUGAGGCAGAGGUACCCAAAAGCAGCGGCCCCAUGGAGGGGGAUGGCAGCCCCAGCUCCCGGACCUCGUCCCCCCGCAGCCUGUCCUCGGCCAAGGUCAAGUCUGAGCUCGCCAGCCCCACGCCAGGCUCCAGCCCGGUGCCCAGCGAGCCGGGGACGGGCACGGCUGGUGGCACCGUCUUCCUCCCCCAGUAUGUGUUCAGCCACGAAGCCGCGGUGGUGCCGCAGGCGUCAGAGAUCCUGGCGAAGAUGUCAGAGCUGGUGCACAGCCGGCUGAAGCAGGGCCACGGCGGUGCCGUGCCACCCGCCAUCUACACCAGCACCUCGCCGGCGCCCAAGGGUGCCACGUGCUUUGAGUGCGAGAUCACCUUCAACAACAUCAACAACUACUACGUGCACAAGCGGCUCUACUGUUCCAGCCGGCACCUGGCUGAGGACAGCCCCCCUGGGGUGCGCAAGCUCAAAGCCCCUCCCGGGGCACCCAAGGGCACUCCCACUCCGGGGACGCUGCUGUCCUCCCCAGCGGGUGACAGUCAGGGGACACUGGCGGGCGAUGGGGACACCGGCCGUGAUGCCACGCCGCCAACUGCCCCACCGGAGGUAAAAACAGAGGAGGGGAGCAGCAAAGCAGGGUCCCCCGAAGUGGAGGGGGUGUCGGGACGGUGCAGUGAGGACAGCCAGAGCCCCAGCAGCUCGGCAGGGGACGAGGGGGACGAGGACCCCAGCAAGACGCUGUGCGAGGCGUGCAACAUCCGCUUCAGCCGCCACGAGACCUACGUGGUACACAAGCGUUUCUACUGUGCCUCCCGCCACGACCCCCCCCUCCGCCGCCCCACUGUCCCCAAAGUCCCCUUUCUCCCCCAGCCCCUCCGCACCCGCAAGCGCCGCAAGCUCUACGAGAUCCACGGGGCCACUCACCGCCCCGCCGAACCCCUGCCGGCCCCUGAACCGCUGCCAGCCACCGACCCACCGGGGGCUGCCCCCUCACCCCACACCAACCUGGACACCGAGGGUCCUAUCGAUCUGAGCAAGAAGCCGCGGCGCCAGGGUGAACCGGCGCCGGCACCGCUGCUGCCCUUGGCCGACUACCACGAGUGUACCGCCUGCCGCAUCAGCUUCCACAGCCUCGACUCCUACCUAGCCCACAAGAAGUACCAGUGCCCGGCCACCCCCCUGCAGCCCCGCACCCUUGAGCACCUCCAGAAGAUGAAGGGAGCCAUGGCUGCCCCCCUCAAGGACCGGCACAGCCCCGGCGAGGGGGACCCCGAAGGCAUGAGGGUGAGGGUGGCUCCAGCAGGGAGCCCCGGCGUCCCCUACCCCAGUGCAGACUCACUGCAGCGUCACCCCAAAGGUCCCCUGUCACCCAUGGGGACAAAGGGACCUCUCUCUGCUUGUCCCUACUGUCCUGUCAACGGGGCCAUCAAGGGCGACCUCCUCGAGCACUUCCGUAACGCCCACGGGCUCUUCAUAGCCAAGCCGGCGGUGGCCGGGCAGGGGGUCCCCGACACCCCAGUGCCCGGUGCCGGCAGGACACCCGAACCCCCACUCCCCACCGCAUCACCCCCCCACCCACCCACCCCCCGCCUCCGCCGGGACAGUUUCAACAGCAAGGAGGGGCAGGAUGGCGGCGGCAGCCCCCGUCCCCCUGCAUCGCCCCAGCCCCCCGCUUCGCCCGGAGCCCCCGAGGGACUGCGGGAAGGCGCCCGCAAGCCCCCCACCCCUCCCACCUACACGGACAGGGGGGUGCAGACCCCCCCAGCCAAGGCUGUGCCCAGCCCUGUGCCCAAUGGCAACCACAGGUACUGUCGCCUCUGCAACAUCAAGUUCAGCAGCCUCUCCACCUUCAUUGCCCACAAGAAGUAUUACUGCUCCUCCCACGCCGCCGAGCACAUCAAGUAAAGCCCCCCCCACUACCCCUACCACUGCUUGGGGGCUGCAGGGGUGGGAACCGGUGGCUGACACCCUCCCUUGCAGGGGUUGGGGUGAUGGAGGAUUCCCCCAGGAGGCUUCAGCGGCUGGAGUUCCCUCUGGUAUCCCCAAAUUCUGCCCUGAGUUGGGGAUCCCAUGUGUCCCAUGUGAGAACAGUGCUGCUGGGGGGGCUGGUCCCCCCCAGCCCCCAGUGCAUGCCGAGCCUCGCCAGGGUUGAUGCUGCAGGGAAACUGAGGCAGGGGGAAGGCGUGUAGCCCUGCCCUGGCUGGGGGACUGUGGGGGGAGCUCUGUCCCCAGGUCGACACUACAGGGAUGGGGAGGGGGCUCAGCGUGUCUUAGCCCUGGGCACCACAAGAAGAGUAGGGGGUGUCCCCCGCCACAGAGUGGAGCCUGUGGGGAGACAGCACUGAACGAGGAUGGAGCGACCCUGGGAAGCGUGUGUAUAAGUGUGUACAGAAAUAAAUAUGUCUAAUAGA